AUGCACCGCCAGACACGCUCUCACGCGGCACCACCCGCCACAGACGCGCUCAUAGCGGCCAUGCCCACCACCCCGGGUUACCCGGACUCGGACCUACCCUACUCCAAGGAAGAAUCUCGAAUCGUCAAGGACCUGUGCCGCUCACUCAACCUCACCCCGCAUGCCCCAGACCCAACGCGAGACAGCAUCCUAGCCACUCUUCGCCACAGCGCCAUUUUCUACUACGCUGGCCACUUCUUGAUCGAAGCCAACGGCGGUUCUAUGCAGAGCUACCUCCUCCUCCGUAACUGGAUGGACUGGCCGCUGGCCAUGUACAAUCUCCUAGAGCUCCGCCGUGAAUCACGCUCACAACCAUUCCUAGCUUAUCUAUCCGCCUGCUCAACAGGUAAGACAGCUGAGAGCACACUGCUCAACAAGGCGGCGCAUUUCAUGAGUUUCUUCCAGCAGGCUGGUUUCCGGCAUAUCAUCAGGACGCUGUGGCCUGUCUCAGAUAGAGCAAGUAUAGAGAUGGCGCGGACUGUCUAUCAGAUGCUUGUGGAGGAGGGGAUGGUCAAUGGUGUAGUGGUGAAGGCGCUUCAUCAGGCAAUGCAGGCACUUCGCGAUGCAUCUAACAGUAGUAUGCUAGCUGCAUCAGGGGAGAGAGACCCAAAGCAAAUGAGGAGCAGAAACAAGAAACCAGCUCAUCAGAAUCGUGAGUUUGGAUGGGUCCCGUAUUUUAAAUAUGGCAUUUGA